AUGAUAAGUAUAACAAAACUGACUAUAGCAAAAUGUAAUGAGUGCCUCGAAACCUGAAGUCCAAAUCCGCAGGUGGAAUGGUUGGAUACAAAAGGCAAGGUUAUCAGUGCAAAAUCAAAACGCUUCCAGGCAGCAACAAGUGGCCAACAGACAACGCUUACUGUACUGAACGUGGAUAAUGAUGUCCAAGGCAUCUACACACUCAAAGUCAGCAAUGAACUGGGCGAAGCGCAGUGCAAAAUUAAUAUUGAGGUUGUGGAAAGUCCCGGGACACCAGCUCGUCCGGUCAUCGAGAAGCAAGAAUUCGAUUCGGUGAGCCUGAAAUGGGCAGCAGUGCCGGGAUCAACCAAAUAUAUUGUCGAAAUGAAGAAGGUUGGCUUUUGA